CUCCAGAACUCACCAUCCAUGUUCCAUCCCACUUCGAAAAAGCACGGGUCACCCAGCGCUGCCAGCUCCCUCCCCAGCUUGAGAACUCAAGAAGAGCUUGAGCUUAUCCAAUUCCUUAUCCUACCCGUGUAAACCUAAAUUUUCCCAACCCAUCCCACCUCGACUUUUUUUCCCCUUCCCAUCGACAACCUCGCCUUUGUUUUUUUCUUCUCACCCCCAAAACCUUCCAACAAAAUGAUGUCCCUCCGUGCCAUCGCCCGCGCGGCCCCCAGAGUCCUCGCUCGCCCCUCCACCCUCAGACCCGCCGUCGUCAGAACCGCUGCCGCCACCGCUGCACGCCCCUCUUUCGCCAUCACACAAAAGGCUUCGGCCGCCUUUUCCACAUCCGCCUUGAGACGGGCGCCCGCCGGUGAGGUGGACGAGGAGCUCGCCGCCAAGCUGAGCUCGGAGCUCGAGUUUGAGACUUCUGUCAAGGAGGGCGAGACGCUGCCGGCGAGCAUCAAGGAUUUCUUGGAGAAUGGCCAGUUUGAGCUCAAGGACGUGCCCGGUCAGCAGGAUGUGUUUUUGACGAGGAACUUUGGGAAUGAAAAGAUCACGGUCUCCUUCUCCAUCGCCGACCUCUCCUCGUUCCAAGAGCAAAACUUUGAGGACGACGCCCUCGCCGAUGAAGAGUUUGAGGAAAUGAACAACUCCCGCGAGAACGGCAAGUCUGGUGCUGCUGAUUUGGCUGAGGAGGCGGAGGAGGAGGAUAUGGAGGGUGGUGCUGAUACUGAUGCCAUGCCCUGCCGGCUGAACAUUGUCGUUGAGAAGCCCGGCAAGGGCGCGCUCAAUGUUGAGGCGAUUGCUCAGGAUGGCACCGUUGUUGUUGAGAAUGUCUACUAUUACAAGGACGCCAAGCUUGCACACAGCAGCAGCCCUGAUGCGGUGCAUGCUGCGCAGGAUGCCUACCCUGGCCCUGCGUUUGGGAGCCUGGAUGAGGACCUUCAGAUCUUGCUGGAGAGGUAUCUGGAGGAGAGGGGCAUCACGCCUGCGCUGGCGCUGUUUGUGCCGGAUUACAUGGAUAUGAAGGAGCAGAAGGAGUAUUUGGCUUGGUUGGAGAAUGUGAGGGGAUUUGUUGAGGCUUGAAAGAUUUGAGAGUCUCGAGUUAAAUGAUGAGGUUAUGAUUGGAUUGGGGUGGGGCGGGGUCAUUUUGAGGUUUCUAGGAAGGGUGGAAAAGGAGGCCUGUGGAUGUGAUGACAUGUAAUUAUAUGAAAGUAAACUAACUCUACUUGA